UCUAUGUGGGGUCGCCUCAAAACCUAACGCUCUCCGAUGACUCCUAAGAUGGCGUUUCACGAAUAUUCCGCCACCUCUGACCGGAACAACUCGAACGGUAACUCGGUAGUCGCCGAACAUUCAACUCCCAAUACCCAACUUUCUCUCCCUACCAGGAAGCUCAUUGCUUUCAGUUCUAAAGAUCGUCACACCAAAGUGAAUGGCCGUGGCCGUCGUGUUCGGAUGCCGGCGCUUGUUGCGGCUCGGAUCUUUCAACUGACUCGAGAACUCGGCCAUCGCUCCGAUGGUGAAACCAUCGAGUGGUUGCUUCGUCAAGGCGAGCCUUCUAUCAUUGCUGCCACCGGGUCAGGCACCACUCCUGCAUCUCAUGAAAUCUCUUGUGCAUCUGGACCCAUUACCGCUUCUUCGCCUUCCGAAUAUUGUCAACUGCACCCGGGUGGGGUUGGUAGCGGCGUGUUGUCGGGAAUGUUUGCCUUGACAGCGCAACCACAGAGUUACCGAUUGGACUUGUUCCAACCAGUGGGAUUUCAAUAUUCAACUAUUGGAAAGAAUGCGUAUCAACAAAUGCCGUUUACUGCAUUACUGUUUCAGCCGGCAGCGGCGGUGGAGGAAGAGCAGCAGCAGCAGGAGGCGGGAGAAGAGGAAGAAGAAGAGAGUAGGAAUCAAGAGUAGAGAUCUCAAAGUAAAGACAUUAGCGACAUGGCAUCUAUAUAAUGUA